GGUAGACAGGAUGAGUGAUCUACCAGAAUCUCUUCUCAUCCACAUACUUUCGUUCCUUCCAACCCAAAAGGCAAUCACCACAAGCAUUUUGUCGAGCAGGUGGAAAGACCUUUGGACUCUCGUCCCAAAACUCGACAUCAACACUGAAGAGCUCCACCCCAUUGUCAAGCAUGCGCAUACUGUGUCCAGAAUUUUUCACCUACACAAAACCCCAUACCUCCGAACUUUUCGCCUCACAUACAGUUGUGGUAACCGUUCUGAUGUAGAUGCGUGGAUUAGCAACAUUGCAGCGCGGAAAGUGGAAGAACUUGAUCUCGAGAUAUAUGAUGAUGAGUACUGGGAUUUUGAGCGUUUGAGGUUGUACCACAGUCAUGAAAUUUUCUCUUGCAAGACAUUAGUGGUUCUGAAUUUGCGGAGCAGAAUUGUGAUUGAUCCUCCUUCAUCGUUUCAAUUCCCAAGCUUAAAGAUACUUGGUUUGUUCUAUGUUGAUUAUAAAUCAGACUCUUUUUCUGGGCUCCUCUCUGGCUGUCCUGUUCUUGAAGAAUUGUCAUUUGAAAGUGAAUGCUUGGGGGGUGUUUUUAAUCAUAAAAUAUGUGUUCCUAUGCUGAAACGCUUAAGUAUAGCUAUCGAAGUAUCUGAAUAUGAUUCUUUUAAAUUAUUAGACUACGAUGAUUCUGAUUGCAGUUACAGAAUUGAGAUAAACACCCCAGCGCUUGAAUACUUUAAGUUUAAUGGUCAUUUGAGUGAAGUCGUUUUCCUUCAAAAGCUAGACAACUUAGUUCAGGCAGAUAUUCAUAUUUGUACACUUAAAGCUGCCAAUAGGAUAUUCAAGCUUCUUGCUGCAUUCUAUAAUGUCAAAUUUCUGUCAUUAUUUUCAGGUCACCCGGAGUGUCUCUGCAACGGUUCUAUUUACCCUUUCAAAUUCCAAAAUUUGCUCAGAUUGGACUUUAUGGCGAAUGCAUUAAACUGGCAUGUGCUACAAGCCUUGCUCCGAAAUACUCCUAAUCUAGAAGUUCUUGAUGUUAUUAAUACGAGGCAUGGUUCCAGUAAUCACAAGUUAUGCAGAUGCAGGAAGAAGUCACCAAAUGAUCCUAAUUUUCUGUCAUCACACCUUACAACUUUUUAUUAUAGCGAAUUUGGAGGAUUGAAGGAUGAAGUGGAAUUUAUAAAAUAUAUUCUAAAAGAGGCAAGAGCCUUGAAGACAGCAUCAAUCAGAGUUAGAAAUAUUAAGCUAAAAAAAGGUGUUCUUCAGAAACUAUCAAUGAUCCGAAGGCGCUCAAUGACAUCUCUUCUUACAGUUAAAAAAUGA